CUCCCUCUUUAGAACCUGUGCAUUGGAGGAUGAUUUAGCUGUCAUGUAGCAGGAAAAGACAUUACUGUCAGAGGUCUGUUGGGAUGAAGAAGCUUUCUGCUCCGUGGGGAUCAAACCAAUUAGAGUUAUCAAAAGGCUUUCUGCCCCUGGAAAAGACGCCUGUAGGAGGCAGUAGUGGCAGUUUACCUCUGGAGUUCUGUUCUUUUACCAGGAUGAAGAUGAGUCCAAUUUAUUUAUUCUUUAUUUAUGCAUGUGUCAGAUGUGGUUGCCACAGCAACAGCCCUAGCAGGCUGAUGAAUUAGUGUCAGGACUAGAGGAAAGCUCUGUUACUGCAACUGUUCUUCCCCUUUAAAGAACCCUGGAACACAGGUAGCAUCGAUGACGAUGAAGGUUUAACGGAGAUCGAACUAUUGUUAAGAGUGUGAUUUUAAACAAGUGUGUAUGUAUACCUGUAUAGCUACACUUGUUGGGACAUUAUUUGGUCAACACAUCCUUAAUCUGAGGAACCUUUGAUUUAUCAGGACAUUUAGGAUUAGAUUUAGGAUUAGAUUUAGAGACAAAUUAGAGUUGGAUUAAGAUGAGGGAUAUGUUUGUAAGAGGUUUGGUGUGACAAAAACACAUAAAACAGUGUAUGCAUGUGUGUGUGUGUGUAAAAUGUGAAAAAAAAGAGACACAAAGACCGACUGAGAGAGUGAGAGAGAGUGAGGGAGAGACAGAGAGUGGGAGGAGAUUCAGAGGCAGGAGAGGAUGCUCAGUGAGAGAGUGCAACACUAGACAGAGCCGCGAGUGUGGCCAGCUGCUGAGAGACUGAUGUCAGGUCGCCGCUGAGCCACAGAGCCGUCUGCAGCCACAGGGAGAAAAAUAGACAAGGAGACAGGAGGCAGCUGAGGAGGAGACACAGGGGAGAAGGAAUGCUGAAUUAGUGGAGAACCGGAGGUAGUGUGUCACCCCCCCUCCCUCUCCAUUCCUGGUCAAUGGUUGGACUACCAAGGGUAGAGCCAGCCUUCAGCUGCCCAUGAGUGAGAAACAAGAUGGGAGUGAAACCCGGAAUUCUUCAACACUAGAGCCCCAGCUGUUCCAGCCAACGGCCCCUCAGACCUCCUCGCCAUUCCACAAGACCACAGAUUUAUUUGAAAUGAUUGAAAAGAUGCAGGGCCACAGGAUGGAUGAGCAGAGGUGCGCUUUUCCUCCCCCACUCAAGACGGAGGAAGACUACAUUCCAUACCCAAGUGUCCACGAGGUACUGGGUAGAAAAAGCCCCUUUCCUCUCAUCCUCCUGCCUCAGUUUGGAGGAUACUGGAUCGAGGGCACCAACCACGAUGUCAGCAACACAGUGGACAGCGAGCCGGGACAGCCUCUGUCUCCCAACACCCGAACCAAGCUGGAGUGUAACACAACAGCACCGCUGUACAGGAAACACUUCCUGGGGAAGGAACACUUUAAUUACUAUUCACUGGACAAUGCCCUCGGACACAUGGUGUUCUCCAUGAAGUACGACGUGAUCGGAGGCCAGGAGCAUCUCCGGCUAAUGCUCAGGACCAAACUGAAAACCUACCACGAUGUGAUCCCCAUUUCCUGUCUGACAGAAUUUCCCAACGUGGUUCAAAUGGCCAAGCUCGUUUGUGAAGACGUCAACGUGGAUCGAUUCUUUCCUGUCCUGUAUCCAAAAGCCUCAAGACUUAUCGUCACGUUUGAUGAACAUGUCAUAAACAACAACUUUAAAUUUGGGGUCGUCUAUCAAAAGUAUGGACAGACCUCGGAGGAAGAGCUCUUUGGCAACAGCGAAGAGAGCGCUGCGUUCGUGGAAUUUCUGGAGUUUUUAGGGGAAAAAAUUGAGCUGCACAACUUCAAAGGUUUCCGCGGAGGAUUAGAUGUGACUCAUGGACAGACCGGGACCGAAUCUGUCUACUGCAACUACCGCAACAAAGAGGUCAUGUUCCAUGUGUCCACAAAGCUGCCUUACACAGAGGGGGACACGCAGCAGCUACAGAGAAAGAGACACAUAGGGAAUGAUAUCGUUGCCAUCAUAUUCCAAGAGGAAAACACUCCCUUCGUUCCCGACAUGAUCGCCUCCAACUUCCUCCAUGCUUAUGUUGUGGUGCAGGUGGUCAACCCAUGUUCCAGCAAUGUCCUCUACAAGGUUUCAGUCACGGCUCGUGAUGACGUACCAUUCUUUGGCCCGGCACUUCCAAACCCUGCCAUCUUCAAAAAAGGCCCUGAAUUCCAUGAAUUCCUUUUUACCAAGCUCAUUAAUGCUGAGUAUGCCUGCUACAAAGCUGAGAAAUUCGCCAAAUUAGAGGAGAGGACGCGCUCAGCGCUGAUAGAGACGCUGUAUGAGGAGCUGCAUUCAAACAGCCAGGCCAUGAUGGGACUCGGACCGGAGGAUGACAAGCUGGAAAACGGCAGUGGAGGCGGAGGCUUCUUUGAGUCCUUCAAGCGAGUGAUCCGCACCAGGAGCCAGUCCAUGGAUGCCAUGGGUUUUACUUUGAAGAAGGCACCCUCAAUCUCCAGUUUCAGCGGAAACUUGGGCCACAGCCCAGCAGAGAGUCUCAAAUUCCCCGGGAUAUCAUUGCUUGUCCCAGGCAAAAGUCCCAGUAAAUAUGGACGUCGUGGCAGUGCCAUAGGGAUAGGAACAGUAGAAGAGUCUCUGAUAAUCCCAGGUAAAAGUCCCACCCGGAAAAAAACUGGUCCUUUCGGCUCCAGGCGCAGCAGUGCAAUAGGGAUUGAAAAUAUUCAAGAAGUGCAGGAGAGGAGCAGAGAAUCAUCUCCAAAUACCCAGAAGACCCCUGACAGUGGUCAUGUCUCUCAAGACCCCAAAUCUGACAAUUCAUCCAAUCAGAGUUCUCCAGAAGUCCUCACUACUGCCAAAAACAGUUCUCUUUUUGGUGGCAGGACCCCCUCCAUCCCUGAGGGUCACGACCUUUCCCGCUCCUCCUCCAACGCCAGCAGCUUCGCCAGUGUGGUGGAGGAGAACGAGGCCACGGAGGACUACGACACAGGCAUGGAGAGUUUGUCGUCGGCCGGCACGCCACACAAGCGCGACUCCUUCAUCUACAGCAACUGGCUGGAGGACAGCAUCAGCAGCAGCAGCACCACCAGACGCGGGAGCUCCCCAGGUCCUGGUAAACCUGAACGAGGAAAGGGAACAGAAGUCCGGAUCAAACUGGAACGACCUCACGACCGUCAGUCCUCGUCGAAGUGUUAACUCCUCAUAUUUGGUUGUGUCCUGGACCACCAUCUCCAGCAUUCCCAUGAGCCACAGUCCUUCUGGGAGAUGAUACAGGUGCAGGUGCUCGCCAUGACAACGAAGGAGAUGAAGAAGAUGAUUUGAUUAGGGAAUGCAGGUGAAGCCUGACCUGCCUGUUUGUCACUGAGUGUCCGAGACAAGGAAUCCAUCAGCCUGGACAACACUAGAGAAAAGAAGAGAGAGAGAGAGGAGAGCGUCCGGCUUUUACACAUCGUUGCUUCCUCUGACACGUUUUUGCCUUGUUUGUUUUUUUUUCCGUUUCCAAAGCACUUUUUGUUUUAUCCACAAAGGUUAAGGUUGUGCCGUUCACAGCUGGGUGGGUUCAGACAGUGCCUGUUCUCUUGUCUCGAUUUAUCUUUACAUAGAUUUCAGACGGAGGUUUAUCUACGACAUGAUCACUAGUUUAUUUGUGCUUACCACGUCGGUACAGUUUGGCUCUGUGAUGCUCUGUAAUGCAUUCAUGGUAUGAAAUAUUCAGCGUCAAAUGUGAUUAUUUUAUUCAAGAAUAUAAUCAAGGUAGAUAUUUUUUUAACAUGAUUUCUUUCUGGCAGAACACCAAAAGGACUGUGGAGCUUCACCUCUGCUGGCUGCAAAUUAGGUUUCAAAACGUAACACUACACAUAAAUGCAAAACAAAAUGUACUCGAAAUAAAUGGAAUGGCCUUAAAGCUUAAACAUGCGAUGUGUGACACACACGUCUGCAGCAGGUCACGCUCUAAACAUCAAUGUAGUCAGUGAAGUCACUUCAGAGACACAAUGGUCUCCCUCAAAAUCUGUGGCACGAUUUUCACUAGUGCUGUCUGUGAAGUCUGUUUUUAUGUGGAUGUGUUUGUCAGUUGGUGAUUUUACAGUUAUUUUUUACUCUGCUGUGUUUGCAUGUGGAGACCAGUCUCUGCAGCAUGCUCUCUGUUGUUCCUUUACCUUUUAAUAUUUCUAUUAGGGAUGUCAGAUAUUAACUUUAUGCCGAUAUUGUCCAAACACUUAAUUUCCGAUUCCAAUAUCAACCGAUACCGAUAUAGGCCUGCUAACCUCUAUCUAUUUAUUUAUCUGUACAAAUCACUGUACGAGCAUGAGAUUAAUUAAAUAAGCUGCAAUGCUGCCAUCUAGUGACUUCGAGCGUAAAAUAUACAGUCGUUUAUCCCCAAAACUAUUUUUAGGGCACACAUUAUUUGGCGAAACUCAGGCAUUGCGUUAUUGGGUUUUCAUUAUCGGAGGAAAAACCCAUAUCGAUUGUGACAGAUAUUACAUAAUAUGCUAAUAUCGAGCCGAUAUUAUCGGACAUCCCUACUUUUUAUUAUUUAUUGAUUUAGUUUGUGCUGAAGUGGCGUUGAUCCACGUCUGCUUCACUGUUCCUGCUGUGGUGACCACAAUCAGCAUCCUGCCAUACGGUGUGUGUGUAGUAAAAUGUAAAGUCGUUUAAGCUCUGGGGGUUUUCUUUUCUAGGCUCUGAUCUCUUCAUGUGCAAUGACUUUUGCAAUGCAAUUACCAGGAAUAGGGUGAAUAUUUAUUUAAGAAAUGUGAAACAGCAUAGCUCCAAAUGUGACUACUGAUUUUGUAAAUAGAUACACAUUUGGAGAACAUUCUCCACGAUGUAGAGGUCGUUCAUUUCAUAUGGUGACUGACUGACCAA